GAGAUUGCUUUACCAGGGACUCGACACAUUUCUACUUGGACCUUCCUCCCUGCUCUCAUCCGUCCUCAUCUCACGAACCUCUUUACACGAGCGAAUCACACAUUUCCUUCAACCAUGGGCCUUUUCUCCAGCUCUUCUUCACCAUCGCCUCCAGCUCCCGAACCCUCGAACGAUGGCGGCUUCAUCGCACCCGACCGCACCGCGCGAGCACAAUGCUGGGAAGGACGCGACAACUUCUUCGCUUGUUUAGAGAGGAAUGGAAUUGUGGACUCCGUGAGAGAAGAUGCGAAAGCCAGGGCGGCGUGUGCACCUGAGUUGAAGGAGUUUGAGAAAGUCUGUGCGAGUAGUUGGGUCACAUACUUCAAGAAGAGGAGAGUUAUGGAACACCAGAGAGAUGCGACGAUCAAGAAGUUGACGGCGGAGAACGCGAAGCCGAUCAAUUGAGAAGAGCGUGGUUAAUAAAGGUCGAAGGCAGAGGGAAUAGCUUCAAUGGUCCGAACGGAGGAGAUACAGCGUCAUGAUACUCCAACAUACCACUCC